AUGGGCUCAAAUGCUUUGAGUAAUCGUUCUUACAACUUUGACCGCGUCUUCUCCCCAGCAGCCGAUCAGUACAUGGUUUUCGACGACACAGUGAAGCCUAUUCUAGACGAGAUGCUCUCUGGAUAUAACUGCACAAUCUUUGCGUACGGACAAACAGGCACCGGAAAGACAUAUACCAUGUCUGGUGACAUGACCGAAACCAUGGGUAUGCUUUCAGACGAUGCCGGUAUCAUCCCUCGAGUGCUCCAGACCCUUUUCACGAAACUCGAGCUCGACAAUGCCGAAAGCACUAUUAAGUGCUCGUUUAUCGAACUUUACAACGAAGAGCUACGCGACCUGCUCGCCUCCGAUGAAGGCACCAAGCUCAAGAUAUACGACGACACAUCACGACGAGGCCAUGCCAGCACAAUUGUUCAAGGCAUGGAGGAGAAGCACAUCAAGGACGCCGCUGAGGGUGUCAAGGUGCUCCAGGAGGGCAGCUUGAAACGUCAGGUGGCGGCUACCAAGUGCAACGAUCUCAGUUCUCGAAGUCACACAGUCUUUACUAUCACAACAUAUGUCCGAAAGCCUAAUGAGCACGGCGUUGAAGCUCUUGUUAGUGCUGGAAAGCUGAACCUUGUCGAUUUGGCCGGUAGUGAGAACAUUCAGAGAUCUGGAGCAGAGAACAAGCGCGCCACCGAAGCUGGUCUCAUCAACAAGUCUCUCUUGACCCUUGGCCGAGUCAUCAAUGCCCUUGUAGACAAGGGCUCUCACAUCCCUUACAGAGAAUCAAAGUUGACUCGCCUAUUACAAGACUCUCUCGGAGGCCGGACCAAGACUUGCAUUAUUGCUACUAUUUCACCCGCAAAGAUCAACUUGGAAGAAACCAUUUCAACACUAGAGUAUGCGUUCAGGGCCAAGAAUAUCAAGAACAAACCGCAGAUGAACCCCAUGAUUGAGAAGAAGACAUUGCUGAAGGAUUUUACCAUGGAAAUCGAAAGGCUCAAGAGUGAACUGAUCGCUACUCGGCAGCGCAACGGUGUCUACCUUUCUAACGAGUCAUAUGAGGAGAUGACAGCACAGAGCGAGUCCCGUCGUAUUGUCAACGAAGAACAAUCCGCCAAACUUGACACCCUUGAAAAGAACCUGCGUAAUAAGGUCCAAGAGCUCUUCAGCCUCCAAUCUACGUUUUUGGGUCUCAAGAAGGAUCACGAGGGUACGAGGGCCCAGUUGGACGAUACCAAGGAGGUACUAGACCAGACCGAGAUUGUUCUCUCAGCAACACGGCAGUCACUUUCUGAGGAGACCAAGAUUAGAAAGGCACACCAAAAGACGGAACAGAAACUUACCGAAGUUGGCGGAGAACUCAUCGACAAGUUGCACAAAACAGUCAGUGAUGUUGGUGGUCUUCAUGCCAAGAACAGGCGAAAGUCGGAUUUACAGUCUAUCAACCGAAACACAUGGACAACAUCUCAGAACCAAGUCGCUGAUGUGACAUCCAUGGUCGAGCGCCGAAUCGGGGAGUUCCAGGAUGAGCAGCAAGAGCAUAUAGCCUCUGUUGGACAGCGUAUGGGUAGCUUUGUCGACGAAGAGCUACGGAAGCUAUCAAGUACACAAGCGUUCCUCGACGAGCACUUGGGUACCUUUGCCGAUUCCAAGAAAGAACUGCUCGAAUCAAAGCAAAAGUCAAAGGAUGACAUGGAUGGAGUUUUGGAGGAGAUCAAGGUUGUUCGUGAUACAGUCAAAGAGCGAAUGGGAGAGAGCCUGCAGUCCAUCUCUCACUCUGCCGAGAGAAUAGCAGCGGAUAUGAUGAGCGAGAUGACCGCUUUCCAUGAACAGCUCCACAACUCCUAUAGUGCCCUUGGGAAAGAUUUCAAGUCUGUUUUUGAAGAACUUGUCAAGCACAUCACAGCCCAACGAGCUGAGUGCGACAACUUGAAGCGACAACUCCAAUCCGCAACCAACACCAUCGUUCUGCAGAACGCCACUAUCUCCUCUCGAAUUCAAGAUGCCCUUACUGAGGAGCGUCGCUUGGCUGUUGACGAUCGUCAGAAGCUAAUGGCUCAGAUAUCGACUCUCAUCAACACCCAAGCCGAAACCCAGGAGUCGCGUAUGCAGGCCACCGCCUCUGAGAUCCAGAAGACUAUCACUUCUACCAGCACCAACCUUGAGCAGGCCGUUGAUACAUAUGGCGAGGGUAUGUCUUCGUGGGAUCUCAAGGAAGGUGAAAUGUUGGAGGAAGUCAAGAAGUCUCGGGACCAGCUCAAGACGAAGCUCAAGGAUGACUGGACAGCCGCCGAUGACCACAGUAGUUCCAUUCAAGCCACUGCCAAGUCUGUCCAUGCCGAGACUGUUCGUGCUGUCGAUGAGCAGAUCAAGGACCUUGAUGUUCAGAUGGAAGCUCUCGACGAUUUCGUCACUCGUGCCAGAACUGAAAACGGUCACCACCACGCAACCCACAGCCAGUCUGUUGAUGCUUUAUCUAACACUGUCGAGGAGUCCUUUGGAAACAUUUCUGCUCACUUCAAGUCCACGUUCGACCGCGUCAAGAACCUUGGCGAGGAAAUGGAGGUUGACCUUGGCGAUCUUCAGGAUGGUCUGGAACCUCUGAAGGAUCAGCUCUGCCAGCCUCUUGCCAACCUACGUGAAGAUGUUACCGGUGCAGCUCUCCAAGAAUACCAGCCUACCGGCGAAACACCCGCAAAGGUCCAAUACCACUACCCUACCGAUCUCCCUCGCACAGAAGACCACGAUCUCAUUAUUUCAAGUAUUGACGAAGUUAUCACACCAACAAAACCCGGCGAGUCAACCGACAAGGACGCUACAAUUGUCUUUGCCGAUCUCGACUCCUCCCCUCACAAGAUGAUGACUUCUCCAGUUCGCCCAGCAACUCGCAUGUCCAUGGUUAGCGCCUCUGAGCAUAUGGGUAUGCCCUCUAGUCUUCGAGAGGUGAACCCCAAUGUGCCAGGUAGUCUCACAACCGGGACCGCCAACUACAACCCUCGGUCCAGCAUAAUAUCCAUGCCUCCCGAGCGCACGAUGCCUCUAUUUAAGCGUCCCACGCGUGUGACUCGCAGCACGAAGAAGGUUGGUAGCAGGGACCCAAUCAUCUCCGAGGGUGGCGAGAACGUACUUCCGACGGCGCUCGAGGAGAGUUUGUCUAGGAGGAAGAGUCCUAGAAUCAACUAG